AUGAUAACACAACUUGCUAAGAAUGGGUUUGCAGAAGAUUCAAUUGAUCUCUUUACUCAAUUUAAAAGCUUGGGACUUAAACCUGAUGGGCAGAUGUUCAUUGGAGUUCUAUCUGCAUGUAGUGUGCUGGGAGAUAUUGAUGAGGGAAUGCUGCACUUUGAAUCCAUGAGCAGGGAUUAUGGCAUUAUACCAUCAAUGGCUCAUUUUGUCAGUGUAGUAGACAUGAUCGGCAGCAUUGGGCUGUUGAGCAUUCAAGGACUUGAUGUUGCACUUGAUGAACAUGAAGAUUGUUGA